AUGGAGAGAGGAGAAGAGAGUCCCAUCACCCAGGAUAGUCCUGAGCGGAGGGGCAGCCCGGACCUCAGCGGACUCCCACCGCCCAUGAAGAAAGGUCGACUGGAGCUGAACGGAAGUCCAACAGGGCCAAGAAUACGCCACAAUGGGGCCCCACCGAGACCACUAGGAGGUAAGAAACUCAGGUUAAAGCAGGUUGUAUCUUCUCUUCUCAGGAGCAGGUUUUGCAAAUUAGUUUGUAUACUUUGAGACCUAUAACCAUCAUAAUCUUUUGCUGAUUUUCUGGAUGUGGCUGUGCCCUAAAUUGCGAGGAAAACUUGACUUCUGAAAUUUUAAUUGAUGCUUACUGUUUAAAUGUGCAUGAUGACAAAAAUACAUUUCUUAGAAGAUGAUAACUAUUCUUCAAACCUCGUGCAUGAUAAGAAUUUGAGAUUGCUGAGUUUUGUGUCAGAGCUUUUUAAACUCUCCGUUACUGAACAGACUCUGUGGAGCUGUUUCCUCUGCAGAGAUCCAGACCAGGAGCUGAGUUUGGCUCUGUGCUGCUGUGUUUGAAGCAAGGCAGGCGGCGCUGCUGGAGAAGCCGAGCUGUUUCUGUUAAUCUAUAAGUCAGGAGGGAACUGUAUAAUACUCGCUCACCAAAUAAAGGAGAUUGCUCAUAUAAAUAAGAUUUAUACAACUCACUCUGGCUUAUCGAUCCCUGCAUUCAUUGUGAAAGUUGUUUCUUGUUGAUGUGUGCACAUGUAUGCAUGUAUUUAUUCUUCUCGCUGGAGGUCCGUGUUGCUACAUGUUCUGCGGAAAUGUGGAAGAUUAUCCCUAUAGAUCCUUUUCCAUCCUAAAGUAGAAAAAAUAAGCCCUUUUGCUGAACCAUUUACCAUUUAAGAAACACAUCUAAACUCUGGAGUUCAAUGACUGCUCAUGCUUUUGUUUCAUCUCGGUUUUAUUAUUGCAAUUCUCUCGAUUCCCCUGACUCAGCUUUGAAUCGUCUGCAGCAAGUACGUAAUGUCGCUGCUCAACUUCCAAAAAAAAUCAUCCAGACAAUCUCACAUUAGAGCCAUCUUCAGAUCUUCGUACUGGAUAAAGCAGAUGCUGUCCCUUUCAGAGAGACGCUCAUAUCCCUGACGCGUGUGCCAGCCUCAGCUAUCUGCACGGAUUAACUUCAGUAAAACUUGAGCUCAGACUUUGGUUUGUGAAGAUUAACUCGACUUAAGUUUUGGAGGAGUUACAGAGGCCAACAAAAUCAACAAGGAGGUUAGAUCUAACCACAGGGGGAGGAGGAGGAGAAGAAGACGAAGAAGAAGAAGAAGAAGAACCCUGUUUAGGAAAAGUGACGGGGUCUAAAGGGCGGGACUCGGAAAGGAAGGAGGAGAGGAGCAAACGAGGAAGGGGUUUCCUGCUCUGAGGGGAUGGUUGGCCUGUAAUAAUGACAGGUUGUCUUUGAAGACAGGAAACUCAACGUGUCUCCUCCAAACCACACUGCUGCUACGAGGAGGGGGCCACACACGCACUCGCACACUCACACACACAUUCAGAGCAGUAUUUACACUAGAAAUACACUGCUUUAAGUUCUCACACACACCCCAUACAUCCACAGUCACACACUUCGACACUGUGGCACUCACACCCAAGAAACUCAGCCAUAACACACACCCAUACGGACACACACCCACACAAAACACACACAUAUCUUAUUUUAAUGCCCCGUUCACUCAUCCCCGUACAUAUUAGAGGGAUUAGAGGUUUGAGGCAACAUCACAUCAUCCAAACCAGAUCAUACGGGGAGACAGCGAAUCACAGGACAGGGAGAGAGAGAGAGAGAAAGAGAGAGAGAGAGAGGGCUGGUCGGAGGAGCCGCUCUGUGUUGACAGUUAUAUUUCCCUGUUGGGGGAAAUUCACUUACUUGAAUUGGCACGGCGCUCCAGUGUGUAAUUCACUCCAUGAGAGCCUGGAGGACUGGGAGCUGAGUGAUUAAUGAGGAGGAAAUAGAAAUAGAGGAAUUGACUGAUUAAAACAACGGGUGGGAUGGAUCUGAGGAGUGUGUGUGUGUAUGUGUGUGUGGGUACGCACGUGCAUGCUGGGAAAAAGCAGCACAUGUGUGUGCUUGGUAUCCGUGCCCCUGUGUUAUUAGAGCUGGGACGCUGCCUAAUGCUCUCAGUCCAUCAUUUCUUCAGAGGGCUCUAAUUAAUUGGCAGUUGACAGGUGGCCCAAAACCAAAAGCCUUUUAGGAAAAAGGCGGAUAUUGAAGAGGAAGGAUUGAUAUUACAGCGAGGAGCCAAGAGGGCAUGGAGGAUGUGGGAGACCGAUAUUUAAAGUAACCAAAAACUGGAAACACUGGAGCAGCACAAGUGCCUGACUUCACUCAUACUGUAUGUUGGAAUCCCUAAAUAGAAAACAUGCCAUUUGAUAAAACAGUAACGCUGCACAUCAGGCUAUCAUCACGGUAUGUUAAGAACAACCUAGAAAUAAAGAAGGAAGUUAAUGCCUCCACUGUGAGAACCUUCUACCUGUACUAGGAACCACAGAUAUUACAUUAAGAUCGCCACUAUGAUGCACCAGCUCUGUAGAAGUUUACACAUAGCCUAUUUUGAGUCUUACUUCUGGAUUAGACUGGAGUUUUAGGGGUUGCACCAGCUAAAAUAGUUGCAUCCCAACUUAAAUUAUAAACCCACCUCUGAGUAGAUGUAGUAGGUUGUGGACCUCAGAGAAUAGGUGGAUGGUGCACCCGUCUACAUCCAGAAGAUCUCCUCAGUUUUAUUGUUGUCAAGUUUGAGAGGAGUCAUGACAUCCAGGUUUUGGUUUUGCAGUGGUGGAUGAACAGGGAUUGAAGGCGUUGUUGAGUGGAAGGUCUUAUAUCGCAGAAGAGCCGUGUGCCAUCCAGGUAUGAGUGGAAGUUGAGACUGUGCUGGCAAAUGAUCCAUUCCAGGUAGAGCAUGUAGAUAAUGAAGAAGAGUGGUCCAAGCAUGGAGCCCUGAGGCACACCAGGGUUGACAGGGAGGCAGGAGUUGCCAAUGUUUUAAAGACAAAACAGAAAGCAGAAGAGAACCGUCCCAAUGAAACUGUAUGAAAUGAAAGGCUAGCGAGCACUAUGACGAGUCAAAUUCAUGAUGAUAAUGAACACAACAACAACAACAACAACAACAGAGGAGAUAUUAAUGAUGUACCUUUUAAGAAUGUAGAUCCUGGAAUAAAAGAGAAACACUGGUUACUUCAGAUGCACAUCCAUCCAUGAUGAAUAUGUACUAUAUUAUGAUGGAUAUGCAGCAACAAAACUUACAACAAAAAGAACAAAAAAUAUUAAAAGAAUCAUAAGUAUAAGUUUUUUUUUCUUUUGAGCCAUGGUCAAAGUUUAAAGUGUGGGACAUUUUUAGACUUUGUCCACCUUGAAGGAGGAUAAAUGUCAGGAUACUAAUUUCUGCUAUUAUUAGACGUGCCCUUUAAUGUUUAGUCAAAUGGUGCUAUGAAAAACAGCUGUUGGAUCAGAGAUGAGUAUUUUUCCAUGACUAUGCUGCUCUGAAUAAUAACCAGUAGUUACAUAGACUGUCAUUACUAAAGAAAGGAAAGCAUUAGUCAUUUUUUCAACUGAUUUUUUCCUUACAAGGAAAUUUUAUGGCCCCUAUUUUGUGACUAUUGUCCAUUUUGAAAUCAUAAAGUUAAAAAAAAAGUUCAGAAGCCUCUCACAGAGAAGUGUGGUUGGCUCUGUGAGUGGGAACUCUUUCUUUUCAUCAUUUUCAGCUCUUUAUGACUCAGCCAUAGUUGUGGCAGAUCAGAAAAUGAACAUAUGAAUAAUUUGUGUUACUGUUUCGGGAAAGCAGAGAGAUGAUUGUUUUGAAGUCAGUGACAACGACCAAUUUUGUCAUUUAGGUUUGGAUGACCACCCGCUGAGAGACGCGUUGAUAAAACGCAGAGAUGACUGAGGGAUGAGACUCAUCCCACAAUAAUGUCACAUUUCUCUCCGUUUAACUAUUAAUAAAGUGUCCCCGCUUUUAUCCUCCACAUGUGCUGCUGUGAGGAGGUUCAGAGAAAGACUCUAGUGUGUCAAGGUUUUGUGGGAGUGUUGAGAAAGCUCCAACAGCUGCUGGAGGAUCUGGUCUGUUUCUCACCUGGACUGAAUUUGCAAAUUUGAGGAAGAAUUUAGAAUCACUCAGCUCAUUCAGAGUUUUAUUUUUUGCUUUAAAUCUCCUUUUAAAGGUUUGUAUAUCUGUUAUUAGCACUCUGAUGGGAGCAGAAGACUGCAGGUGUGUGUAUUUGAAUGAUAUUUGCAUGUCUGUUAUUAUUAUGGCAUCCUAUCUAAUAGGCCGUUAGAUAAAAUGCCUUGAAGCUUCUCGAGGACAGUGAACAGCUCUGUUACUGUCAGUUUAUGAGUGCAGUUUGUAUUUUCAGCAUCUUUCCAUGCAACAGAAAGAUAAAGUGAUAUAAAAUAAAACUCGUGUUGAUCAUAGAUGGUCUGUUUUACCUCCACAGGUCUAAUGAUUCCAGUUUUCUGCGUGGUGGAGCAGUCAGAUGGAGGGAUUCAGACAAACGGAUGCGAGAACAGAGAGGAGCACGCAGAGUUCGUCCUGGUCAGGAAGGACAUCCUCUUCUCUCAGCUGGUGGAGACGGCUCUUCUCGCCCUCGGAUACUCGCACAGCUCAGCCGCCCAGGCCCACGGUCAGUCUGAGACAAAAACUGCCAUUUCGCUUAAACCUGCAAAUAUUUCCUUUUUACUGGGAGAGGUUUCAAAUCAGACUCCAGGCUUCAAAAGUAGAUGUGACUGCCACCAUCUGAGUCUUUACCUGCUCAAAGUUUGAAUACAACAAGUAAAGUUUUGGAGUCUAAAGCAGAUUAACAUUGACAUGAAAAUGAAAACAGACAAUUAACUGAGUCGAAGCCACAAAAGCCGAGAUAACCGUAGAGAAAGUCAUCGCAGCUAAAAACCUAAAAAUGCACCAUCACUGGAAAACUGAUGCUGCUGAUCUUUGAAGUGGUGACCAAACUGUUUGUAAGAAGUGAAGUGGUGACUCAACAAAACACAAUCCUGCAGCUGUAAUCAAUGGUUGUGCAGAUAACCAAGUUUCAACUGUCUAAAUAAAUACACAUAAACAGUGUUCCCAAAAUCUGAUCUAUACUGUCAUUGAAGCAUCUUAGGUAAAGCUUUUGUUUGUAGAAAGAGGGUUCAUGGAGGACAUUAAUAACAGUCAUGACUUUCCAUCCACCGCACGUCUCUCUCGGUGUAAACUCUGCUCCUUCUGACUCAGAAUUAAACACCACACACACACACGGGACAGAAAUGAUCUCUGACUCUGAUCGGCGUCUUGAGAAGAAAACUGGAUGUGAGGUCGACUAUUUAGAGCCGACACCAAACUGUCAGAGCCGCAAUAAGGACAAGAAUGUUUGAAAAACACAACUAAGACACAGACAGAGACUGUAAAACUCAUUAAAGACACGACAACAAAGAGCCGGACAGGAAUGUCUCCACGAGACCAAAAUACACUCUGUGUGUGUGUGAGUGUGUGUGUGUACAGUAUGUGUGAGAAUGUUUAUGAAGCAGAGGAAAAGAAAAACUCUGUAAUUUAUUGUCGCACACAUGGUAGUCAUCUGCAGCAGGACAGUGUCGUUUACUGCUGUCUUUUCUCAACUAUGCAGAAAAUGCCAUCUGGGGAAGUUGCCUCACAUCGAAAUAAAAUGGAAACAACAGCAACACGCAACACGAGUAUCGCAACAGAGCGAAGACGGUGGGAGAUCCCCAUCUGUUAGAGAUCUGGCUGUAGCGUUUAUGUAUCUGUGUGUGUGUGUGUGUGUGUGUGUGUGUGUGUGUGUGUGUAGUUACUGCAUAAGUACGAGUGUUUGUGUGUACCUGUGAGUGUGUGUUAUCCCAUCCCAUAAACACAGUCACAGGUAAUCCCUUUACAGCCUCAAGGCCAGCAGCUCUUAUCAGACCUCCAGCCCACCUGAAGCAGAGUGUGUACUCUUGACCUCUCUGCUUUCUCUUUACCGUCUUGAUUCAGUCCUGUCAUAUGUUUCACUUUGGUUCUUGCAGAGCUUUGAAAUCACAUCUUAGAGUCAGGUGCAUCAAGUGCAAAGUUGGACAGUAGUAUGGAGGGCGUUGCAUGUCACCUCGGGAUGCAGUGAAGCUGCAGGAAGAGCAGGUUUAUCUUAGCAUGAAGACAAGAGAAGCAGCUAGUCUGGCUUUGUCUGUGUUGAACAUGGACUGUUUAAAAAGGUAGACAUUUUUUAUCAAUGUGAGAACUAAAGACUGGUUUGGUUUGGAUGCCAGUCAAAAGCAGUGCAUAGACUGCAGCUCCGAGUAUCACAGUUAAAAUGUCAGUAAAUUUUGGCUUUACUUUUGUUCAGUGGUUGAGGGCAGAGUCCUGUCGUCCCUGUUUGCAUACAGUGAAUUGUGUAUAAAGCUGAGUUAAACACUAGAGAAAAUAUUCACUACAUUGUAAAAAACAAGAGGAUUUAUUUAUUUAUUUGAUAAAUUACUCUUAUUAAUUUAAUCUCUCUUUGAUUUGUUAUCAAUUUAAUCAAAUCUAUUAAUUUACUCACUCAUUUAUUGUUAAAUAUUUCAAACUUUAUUUAUUUUUCUAUUUAUUUACUUUCUAACAUAUUUAUUUAUAUAUUUGCACAUUUAUUUAAUUAAUUACUAAUUUAUUUAUCUAUUUUUAAUUUCACAAUGACUUAUUUAUUCAUUUUUUGAUGAACUAUUUUCAUACAGAUUCAUUUAUUUACUAACUUACUAUUAAUUUUCUGAAAUAGAUCUCCUUUUAUGUUUAUUUAUUUGUUUUAUUUGUAAUAUUUAUUAAUCUUUUAUUUAAUUUUAUAAUUUAGUCUCUUUUCAUUUAUUUAUAUUUUAUUUAAUUAUUGAUUUUUUUAAUGUAAUAUUCAUUUAAUUUACAAAACCUUCAAAUUUAUUUUUUUCCCAAUUUAUGUAUUUAUUUCUCUAUUUAAAUCUAUUUAUUUAUUUACAUAUUUAUUUACUUAUUUAAUUCUCUAUAUAUAUGUUUGUUCGUUCAUUUAGCACAUAAGACAAAAAAGGAGCCUAAAAAACCCAUAAAAGUGCUGUCGAGCAGUUGUUCUAAUAAGAAAUAUUGAUUAUAAAGUCUAAAUGGUGAAGUAAGAGAGAAAAUUUCUAAACAGCUGAAUCUGUUUUCUCUGAUUAUCUCCUUUGAGCUACAUGUCUAAAUGGCUGCUUCAGAAAAUGCUGGGACCUUGAUGUCCUAGAAUUGUCUUGAAUUUGUCAGGAGUUUGUGUUUGCAUGGGGCUUGUGAACCCCAGACAAGCUGGUGGCGUGAUUUUUAUUGUCCUGCUGUGCCAGCUGUAUGAGUCAUGGUCAUGAUCGUACGACAGGAAGAAACAGAGGUGUGUUCCAUUUGUUCACCUGCCAUCUGCAUAGGGGGAGGGAAGAAAGGAAAUCCAGUUUCCAUCCUGAUUCCAUAGCGAGAAAAUGACCUGACGUGUGUUUAAGUCAAACCUGAUGUUUUAAUUUUUAGCAAAGGCAUCUUCCAUUACACUUACUGAUGCCAUUAAACUGCGUUUUGAAGGUUUGCUUUGCUUAAAGCUCCUGCAAAGUGUUGUUGGGUGGUUGUGCAACAAGCUAAAUUUAACAGUGAGGCCUCCUUAUAACUCACAAAAGCAAACAAGAACAUUAGGGGCAGGAUUGGUGGUUGCCAUACAGUAAUUUUUCAUGCUUUGAACCACCACUGACAAUAAGAUCAACAGCAUGCUGCAAAAUGUAAGCUUGGUUUCAUUUUACAGAGAAAGAUUACUUAAGGACUGAUACAUUUGAGAAAAACUUACACAUGAACAGGAUGGAAUAAGCAAGAGGAACAGAUGCAUAUUUUGCCCUCAGUUAGCAUCAAAAGCACAACAAGCAGAAAGUUCCUCACAGGAGCUUUAAGAGGUCUCAUAAACAGACCAGUAUCACAGAGAAUAUCUUGAACAUGUUCACUUUUUAUCAUCUAGUUGAAGAUUUUUUGGUGUUUCUUCGUAGACUUAAAGAUUUAGAUGUACCAUUAACAGCCAGUUGGAGUAAUAAACAACACACAGAUGCACAUUCCCAGCAGACACAGCCUUAAAUAAAACACUAGAAUAGUAAGGGGAGUGUUAGUUACGGUUUGCACAUGAAUGCCAUUAGUAGCACUUUUAGCCUCUGUGUUUUUGCCAAACAUCAGGGGAGGUCUCUCUCUGUCUGUCUCAUCAGAGUGUGUGUGGAAAACAGAGAGCCACAUUGGUCCCCUGUCCACAUCAAUGGAGUCCCCUCUCUAAAAAAACGCACCACAGCAGGGGCUUCAAAGGCCGAGACCAAACGGGACAUCACAAACAAAACGUCCCAAGAAUGACACGCUUGUAAACUUUAUUUAACCCGUGCUGGGAUGCACAUAUCUGCACAUGCAGGAGUUCACACACACACACAGGGCGUAGAUACUGUGUAGUCAUGCAGUAUCACAGACAAAACACACACACACGCCCUUCCCCCAGCUCCUCUCAAAUGAAUACUUUUUGUUUUUUAAAACAAGCGUUUAUGUUAAAUGAAUAAUUUCUGGCUUAAAUUAUACAUUUUUUCCCCUGCGGUCCACGACCAAAAUUACACAGAGUCCCGGCUAUUUUCUCCCUGUUUGAAUUGUGUCCUGCAUUCUUGCGUCCCAGCGGUGUAUUUAAAGUCCCCGCCGAGGACCACGGCCUUUCUUUAAUUAGCUCAGCCCAGUAAUUAACUGGGAGAUAUUGUUUAUUUCAAUUAUAAGGGUCUGAAGGCUUUUAUAGAAUGGAUGGGAGCAGACCUGUACUUUACGGCUUUACUCGCUGAACGGUUAACAGUGGUCAGUGAGAGAGAGAGAGAGAGAGAGAGAAAGGGUGAGAGAGGGAGGGAAAGAGAGGGGAGAAAGAGAGAGAGUAUUGUUGCAGUGCCACGUCUAACAGGCCACAGAGGGUCACUGCUGUUUACUGGACUUCUUUCUGCACAUCAUAGCUUCUGUCCCAGACUGGUGUUGUUACAUUUCAGGCAACACUUAUUCAUUAAAGACUUGCUUUAACGUCUGCUUUCAUUCCCAAGUUUGGUGGCAUGUUUCCCCUUUGUGUAUGAUCUGCUUUACUGUCCCAUCACACCUUGAAAACCAAAAGGCCUGUGCAGUUUGUCAUUUUACUUUGGGAGUCUGUCUUAGAGAAACUAGGAAACAUCCAGCGAUAUUUCCAAAAAGCUGAAAAAGAGGCGGUUGCAGUUGGACCCCAAAUACAUUGGCUAUAGUCCUCAUCACUGUAGUUUCCAGUUUGACUCGUUCUCACAACCUUUUCGGUGCCCUACUCUCUGCUUCCCAUGUUUCCUAAGGCUACAGGGUGGUUAUUAUCCACACAUCAUGUAGGUGCAGGGAAACAUCAACAAGAGAAGGAAGAUAAGCAGCUCAGUGCAACCAGAAGUUUGUCAAAUAACAGGGAUUUGAUAGGACACUAAGCUCACAAAUGAGACAAGAUUUUAACCCUACUUAUAAGAAAACUUCAAUGAUUAAACAAAUACAUGAGGAAAAAGUCUUGAAACAAAAGUUAAAAAGUCCAAAUAAUGCAUAAUCCAUUUGGGAAUGUUUUAACUCAAAACAGACGUUAAUAAAGUGCAUCACACACACAAGCAGUACUCUAAUAUUAUGAUAGAAUUAUGAAUUAUCAGAUCUUCACAUAUGGAAAUCACCGUCCACCGAAGUUUGAACCCUGUUAUUGUGAGCGCUCACCUCUUUCUCUCUCUUUUUUGGGACUCAACUAUUUUUAAAAGGGUUAUUCCAAAGUGUUGAAUAGUCAGAUAAUCAUUUUAUUCAGUGGUAGUCCUGACAUGAAGUUUGUCCUAUUCCAAAUGAUGUAAGUCAACUUUGUACCGUUACUAUUUGGCUGUAGUGAUCAAAAAGUGUUGGGUAUUUUAGUCUUAACCUAACCAAGGAUAACCUAAAGUUGGCUAUUUCUGUUGACACUUAAGUUGCAAAGAGGGUCUGCAGCCAUGAAGAGACUGUCGGUGUGAGAGGAUUUGCAUAUUAAGUUGCAAAAACAGACUUUUUAUGUUGAAGUUUUUAAGUACCGAGUAACCAAAUCCAUAAAAAAUUAAGCGGAAUAAAAAGUUUUCCAGCAAAAUUAUAGACUCCUUGUAAAAUUUCUCCACAGAAAAAGCUGAAUUUCAGUUUUUCACACUUGAGGAUGUAAAUUUAAAUCACCCUAAACUCUUUGCCCUCCUUUCCACGCUGUCACUCCCUCAUCUCAGCCUCCUGCAACAUUUUCUCACGAGCGAGCUUUUCAGAGGUGUUUCAGCGGAGAGAAAAGCCCUCCCUGAAAUGACAGCAUGACAGGAGCUCCUCAGGGUGCAGCCAUGGGUGACGGGGGUGAGUCAGACGUAUGGGGUUUCCCUCAGUGAGUUCCAGGGGUGGAACCUGGAACCAGUUUGGAAGAAGCCCUGCAUUUGUGUGCAGGCUGCUGCGACCAUUAGGACUUAUUCUAGCGCGGGACAAUGGGAUUACUGUGUGUGUGUGGAAGCCAUGCGUGCGGGCCUGUGUACGUGUUGAUGAGCUGAGACCUCAGUGUGUGUGUUUUGUGUUUUUGUGCGGAUGAGCACACUCAGACAUGAGCCAAGCCACCAGCCGGCCACAUGAAGGCGCGUCUGUGGGAGGUGGAAUUUUAAUGUGGAAAUGGGAACAAUGAUUUCUACUUUUAAAUGUGGACGAGAAGCAGAGCAUCCAACAGCAGACCAAAAAAUGAUGGAUCAAUUAUUAAUGCAUUCACCAUCACACUGUGAGCUUGUGAAUGUGUGUGAGUGUGUGUGUGCUUGCAUGCGAGCUGGUACAUGUCGGCCUCUCUGUGUGCUGUCAUGUGUCCUCUGUGAGUUUGUGUUUGUCUGCUUAUUCACGCGUUUGUUUCCACCCAACUUGGCAUUAGCAAGAUUGUUAUGGCUUAUUUUCCUCAGAUGCAGCGUGCUGCAGAUUUUCAGCAGGAAAGAUACAGUUUCUUUGUGUGUGUGUCUGAAAGAUAAAUAGAAAGAGUAAGGGAGAUGAAAUUAAGUGUUUUCUGUGAGCUCAGUGAUUUUCCAUUCUUUUAAAGACUCCUAAUUAUUUCUUUCAAUAACUUUUGUUUUAAAAAAAAGCAGAAUAGAACCACUUAUUGAAAUGUGCUUAUGGGACAUUGAUAUUAUUCAGUAUUUGGGUGUUAUUCUCCAGAUAUAUCUUGUGCUUUGUUGGUCUAUUUGAUGUCAAAAACUGUUAGAAAAUGUUAGUGUUUUCAAAAUUCUGGUCAGUAUUACUUAAAAGUAAUAUUUUCCCCUACAACCCAAAUAUGCAAUAAAAAGCUGCUAAUAGGGAACUUGAACAGCUUUCCCAUCAAAAGUCUCCAGCUGAUGCAAAUAUUAUCCAAACUGCUGCAGAUGAUUUUGAAAGCUUAAAUAAACUGAAUAAUUGUUGCAUCUGCAACUGCAAAAUGUGUUAUGCAAAGAAUUAAAAACACUUACUUUGUAUAUCUAUUAAUAGAUUUAAUAUUACAUUUCAUAAAUAGAUAAACCUAUUUCAUCAUGACAGUGCUCAUAGUUCUCAUAGUAAAGGUGCUCUGCAAGAAAAAGUACCUGUUAUCAUGAAUGAAAUAUUUGAUCUAAAUCUUGUGAUAAAACUACUUUUUCAUAUCUUUUAAGACCUCUGUAUAUUCAAGUGUUUCGGGGAUUACUAUGUCGAUUUAUCUGUGUCUUGUUUGGUCUAUUAGGUGUCAGAAAUGUUGGAAAAUAUCAGUGAGUGGUUUUCAAAAUUGCAAAAUAUAAUUUUUAAAUAUUUAAAAGCUACAACUAGAAAAAAAAUUCUUUUAAAUACUAGUAAUUGAUGCGGAUAUCAGAACAGAUAAAAAUUAAAGCUAAAAUUAUUGAAUAAUUAUCGCAUCACUGGAGGGUUUACCAAGAAUUUAUUUCCCAAAAUAUAUCAAAAACAUUUGUUGUCAUGUUUUUUGUUGAAGUGUGGAUUACACUUCGAAGUGAUCACAUGAAGACCUCGAUAAAAUAGGGCAGAGCAAAUACUCUUCUAGAAGAAGUUCAUAGAUAAAUAAAAACUAACCCAGGCUAAAAAGCAAAAUAAAACACCAAAUAAAACCUGGGCAAACAAAACAUUGCUUUUUUAAGUAUCGCACCCACUGCGUAAAUACUGCACAACAGAGAAUAGAGAAUUCUAUAAUGUACACUUAUUGCACAGGUUAAGGUGUUCAAAUAUUUAUAUUGUAAGCUGCUAUGGCUCUUGCAUAAUUAAGGUUGUUCUUUUAUAUAUCUGAUGUUAUUUGGCAUAUUUAGACGACAGAGAAAGCUUUUAUUUUGAAAAAGGUUAUUUCUAAUGUGGCCUGGAUGAACUGUAUUUCACCACUGCUGCUGUUAUAAUAAAACUCUCAACUUUGGUUUGGGUUUUAAAUGGUGUCACGGUGGUCUGAGGUUCCUCUGGGGUUCUCUCUGCCCUGGGGGGGUCCAGUCUGUUCAUAGCAUAUUAAAUGAUACCCUCCCUCCUACUCCCCCACCUCAUCCCUCCCCUGUAUAUGACUAGAUAAUCAAGAACAUUUCUCAGGACUGACUGGAAUCAGAGAUAUAACUCAGAUAUAAACAUUGAGGAGAACAGAAAGAGAACGGGGGAAUGAAAGAGGGAUGGAGGAGGGGGGUGGAAGAGCAGGAGAGAGGGAGAUGAAGGGGGAGGCAGUGAUGAAGGAGGGGACAGAGGGAGGGAGACUCCUCAGGACCCGUCUGGAUCUCAUUUAGAGGACAGUAAUGCGAUUAGCUUUGUUUAGUUUUCACAGCUCCAGCCAGUCCCCAUGAAAAACCUCUCGGAGAUGAAAUGUACAUUUUAUUUUGUGUGAGUGUAUUGUGUUUGAAAUUUUUGGUCCUUUUAUUAAUCCAAAGGAACUGAAAGCCAAAAGCAGGAGAAAUUUACAUUUAAAAACUCAGCCUGGUCUUUAACCAAGAGUUUCUUGAUUAUUUAUCCUUCUCUUAAACUGAAAGAAUAUUUCCCUAUAGUUAUUUUCUGACUUUAAUAUAAAGGAUAAAAACACCUGAGCAGCAUAAUGAAGGCUGCUCUGGUGAUUGUGUCUCACAGACCAAAAUAACACCCAUCGAAAAACACGAAGAUUACAACGAUAUCAGGCCGGUUCAAAUAAAGCAAAAGGAAAAACUCUCUGCGUAAUAAUCCUACAUACUCUGAACCUUCAAUGAUCUCUUCUCUCUCUUAUGUUUGUUUUCAUCUUUUGCCUCUGAUUGCAAAUCCACUUUCCCUUCCAGGAAUAAUAGAUGAAUUCAAUGACAUGUCGGAAACACAUAAAAUAAGACUCAGAGAGCUUGUCUCUGUCUGCAGUUUCAAAAGAUUUUUGGCAGUAGCUGUUCUAACGUACCCUCCAAAUAUAUAAACCAUCUACUUAUUAACAAACCUGUUGAAAUACAAUUUAACCCAAUAAAACAGCUGCAUCUGCCAAUGAAUGCUUAGUUCCUGGUGUAGCUUGUGCCAAUGCCCCAGAGAAAAUAAAAUGUCGAAUUUUCGAGAAAAUACCCUUAGACUCGCUCGAUAUAAAGAUGUACUUCAAAGUGACUCAGACUAACUCUACUGGAAAAACUUGAUGCUUUUAAGUGCUUACUGUACCAUAUAAUGGAUACCAAACAAUGUGACGAAUACAAUAUGAUACAAGAACUGUUAAUGCGACAGUUGAAAUGUUGUGUUUCCCUCAAGGAAAGUUUGCUUUUACUAAAUUGCUGCACACAUUUAGCAGCUUCAUUAGCAUAAAUAAAAACUAUGACAACCAACAAAAAUCAACCUGCUAACACGAAAGCAAGUCAGUGAGAGCCAUAAAUAACAAACAAUAAGAAUGGUUCAGAUAUUUCUAAUAUUAUUUGGCUCAUUGGAACUGAGGUUGUAUUGAGCUAUAUGGCUUAUUUUGCAGAGAUAUAGUAGCCCACAAAGGGUAGAGAGAGACAGAGGGGACAACUAUGAAAGAGGAGUUUUUUAACAUUAGUUUGUAGGAGAUGUAUUAUGUCCAGAACAGACAAACACAGAUCAAAUAGGGAGGAAUCACUGGGCAUAAUCAAACUACUAUCACCUGGGCUGUUAACAUGUUUCUCCUCUGUUAUCUUAUUGAGUCAUAUCUCAUUUGUACCUGUGCUUUCUGCAUCAAAAUGUAAAACUGGAUUUUCCUUUCUCUCUCCAGGUAUCAUCAAGGUAGGAAGGUGGAACCCUCUGCCCAUCCACUUCCUGACUGACGCACCUGAAGCGACAGUUGCUGACAUGUUGAUGGGGGUCUACCACAUGGUCACCCUACGCAUACAGCUACAAAGGUCAGAGGUCACAGCUUGAACUCUGGAUAUUAUCACUAGGAUAUUAAGUGCCUCAUGUCAGAGAGAGCGAGCAAAAAUGUUUACUCAUCAAUACUCCUCCCUUAAACUGACAAACAUCAUUAGAAAGAGUGCGUGUCCGUAUUUUAUGGCUGUUUGCGGUUGCACUGAGUCAGACGUUCGGUCCACAGGGCGGCUGAUGUCACCAAAGAUAAUUGGAGUUGAAAAAUUCUCCAUAUCUAUCAAAUUUAAAAGCAGCAGUAUCGAAACGCUGGAGCUGGAGUUCAGCAGCCCAGUGGGGAUUUAUCUAUUAUCUGUCUCCGUCAGGGAGCGUCCGUCUGCCAGGAACUCCUAGUUCCCCGGAAUAAGUGAAGCAGGAUCCUGAUGGACGGAUAAAAACAGAUAAACUCCAGAUGAGAGGGUUAUUAUUGUUAUUGUCUUGGCACGUACCAGCCAGGUUUGUUUACGUGUUUGUGUGUGUAUCCAUGGAAAAGGCAGAGCGCUGGCUCGCUCUGAGUUUCAGUGAUUUAUUUGAGGUUAAAUGACAUAAAAACAGAAAGAUGAGGGAAGAUAGGUCGAUACAGGAAACAGUGGUUUGAGGAAAAAAAGAUUAAUUAGGGAUGUUUCAAAGAUCCAUGAAGCUUAGACGUUCAGUUUAGGGUCCAUGGAAAGCAUUUUUAGAGACUGGAAAUAAAACUAGAAUAUCCAUUACCAUUUUCAUGUCUGCAGAGUAAAUAUGAAGUUAUAGACAGCUGUAUAUACCUUAAGUGUGCAGGGGCUGGUUUUGCAAAAACACAUAAAAAGUAAUGAGUUGAGACGAAAAGAUGAGGUUUUUCAGGAGAUUAUGGGACAAUUUCUUAUUCAGUAAAACUUUCCGAGAAGUCGCACUGUUAACUGGCGAACUAUGUUGCUAAACUGAUAGAUGUGGGAAGAAUGAUGUGUGUAAAUGUAUUUAUCUAACUUUUUUUACCCAUCAAAACUUCUUAUAUAUGUUUCUUUUACCUUUUAAUCGUUAGUGCUGUCUUUCUGUCCUUUCAAGUCACAGGAAUUGUUUGAACAUUUACAGCUUCUUCGUUUAGUCUCCUAAAAAUGAACGUUUUAUGAAUCGUUAGAACUAUUUGCACUAUAAAACCUAGCGGUAUCUGGGCUUACAGUUUGAUUACAGUACAGUACUUCCUAGUUUGUACAAAUGAGACUGGCAACUUCUCUCAGCUUUUGCUCUAAAAUCAAAAUAUGAGCUUCGUCGUGUUGUGGUUAGAUUUUAAGAUGUGGUUGACGUGGCUGUGUUGGUUUCAUUUGUUGUAGCUUUUCAAAGUUGGAGGACCUGCCCUGCGAGCAGUGGAACCACGCGACAGUCAGAAACGCUCUCAAAGAGCUGCUGAAGGAAAUGAACCAAAGCACUCUGGCCAAAGAGUGUCCUCUGUCACAGGUAACAAACACCUAAAGCCAACAAAUUCACUUUAAACUUCCAACCAGGUCUUUAUGUAAUGAAGCAAACAGACAUCUUAUUCAUGACUAAGUAGUUUACAUGUGCAAUGUAGCUGCCAUACAACUUAAACUCAUUUUGUGCGCAGUGUAGCUUACAUACAGCUAACUUAAAUGUGCUAAGCAAGUAACUUAGCUACAUGGCUAAUAUGUAACUAACCUUAGUGCGCUAAGCAGCUAACAUUUGACUCACUUGUUUGCAGAGGUGGCUAAAAUAUGUGCGCUAUGUGGCUAUCUAGUUUAUGAGUGUAAUGAGGCUACCAUAGAACUAGCUUAGGAGUGCAAUGCAGCUAGCUUACAGCCAGCAACACAGCUGAUCAAGCUGCUGAGUUUGUUGAUUUGGGAGGUAGAAAUAGCUGUCCGAAAUGUGAGCUUUACGUUGGAAUAAAUCAGUCCUUAAUACGUCUACCCUCUAAGAUCCUUAUGUCACUCACUAGGCUGUCAUAUGUUAUGGAUAAUGAGGCCCUUAUGAGACACAUUUAGGCAAUAAGAAAUCCAGGAUUAAUCCUACAUGUAUUGUAUUGAUUAUUGUAACAUUUUAAUCAAACUCCACCCCACAAAAUUAAGAACUGUCUCCUCAAUCAUGUUAAACUCCCCAGCUGCAUGUUUCCCCCUCUCUCCUGUCUUAUAAUAACUGCUGUGUGAGAUUUAUGUGUGUAUGUGCGUGCGUGUGUGUGUUUAAAUGGAGCUCUGGAGGGGGGUGUUGAUCGCGGCAUCAAUUGCAAGCAUAUGUGUGUGUGGCUGGAGAUUCCCUCUCUGUGCUGCACUGGCUCGAGUUUCCAUGGGUGGCUUCCAAUCAUGAUUAAUGUUUGUCUGUUCCUAUUGUGAGUGUGUAUGUGUGCGUGUGUUUACGUGAGCGUGCCAUGUGGUUGUUGCGUGAGUGUAAGCAUUUCAUAUCAUGUAGGUUAUUAAUUAUCUCUCCCCUGUCUCCCCCCACUCUCUCCCUCAGAGUAUGAUUUCCUCCAUUGUGAAUAGUUCCUACUAUGCCAACGUCUCCACUGCCAAAUGUCAGGAGUUUGGGCGCUGGUACAAGAAAUAUAAGAAAAUUAAAGGUGAGCUGAUCUGUGGAAUAUGGUCCAACUUUAACAUCACUUGAGUUUUUUAUGCUCUUUAACGUUGACUAAACUACCAUUCACAGCAACAAUUUAAAGAGGGAAAAUACUCUUAUUGAUUAAACUCAUGCUUUUAAUUGAAUUUUCUUCCAAGGUUAACUGUAGAUUUGCUAAAGUCAGAAGAGCACUCAUGGGUAGAUAGUAUUUGUACCAAGCCAAUGACAUCCAGUUUGACAUCCAAUCACAAAAACAAAUGGAGUAAUCAGAAUCAACAGAUUAAAUGCUAUCGAAGUUAACGCCGAGUAAAUGGAGUUAAAUUUUGGAUUAGCAGUGCCCACCCCUGCAUGAUCGAUUUUUAUAUGUUUGCUUUAAGAGCAUGAGGACCUCCCCCUCUGACUGACUUCCUGUCUUUGUUUUGUUGAGCAGUAGAUUACCUGGAGAAGAUGUGGACCGGACGAGAAACUUCUGAAAUCAAAAGUGAGAAUCUGAAUUUAAGUCAGAGUCCUGGAUCGUGUGAAGUUGUUUUGCCUGACCCCCCUGACUGUCUCGUCUUCUUUCUAGUUGAGAGGGACAACAUGGCCGACUUCUGUGUCCUGGGUCAGAGACCCCCUCCUCACUUGGCCAGCCUGGUCCAGCUCGGUCACCUUGGGGCUGGCAGCCCUCUCCUAAAGGCGGGCUCAGGAGACCCUCAGACAGGCUCUCAGCCCCAGCAGCCCCCUCCUCCCCAGCAGCAACCCUCACCUCACGGUCCUCUCCACCACAGCCCUCCUCUCCGCACGGGUCAGGUGCCUCCUCCACCGCCGCCACCCCUGCCUGGUGCCCUGCAGCCCCUGCUGGGUCCAGGGGGGAUCCUGUCCCCACAGCUUACCCCGCAAAUGGUUCGCCAGCAGCUCGCCAUGGCCCACCUCAUCAACCAGCAGCUAGCUGUUGGCCGUCUGUUGGCCCAUCAGCACCCACAAGCCCUCAACCAGCAGUUCCUCAACCACCCGCCCAUCCCACGAGGGUCGUCUAAAGUCGGCGACCAUCCAGGGAGCAACCCAUCAGCGGCCGAAGUUUCAUCUGAAAUCUACCAGCAGGUCAGAGAUGAGCUGAAGAGAGCGAGUGUCUCCCAGGCCGUGUUCGCCCGCGUGGCUUUUAACCGCACACAGGUAGGAAGACGGGAACACAGGGGGAGGGAGCAGGGGAGGAAGUGGAGAUAAAGUCAGAUCAGAGAAAGUUUUGGUGACGAGAGAAAGUUUCGUAGAGUUUGGGAGUGGCGAAUAGUGCACUCCUGAAAAUUGUCUGGGCGGGCUGCAGCUGAAUCUGUUCACUCAAACAUUAUCUGGACUUUUCAGCCCUCUGGUAAAAGUCAGUGUGAAAUCAGGUAAUAGUCAGGAACAUUUACACUGAGCAAGUGGGUGGGGCUUUGACCUCUGGAGCGAAGUAACUUUAGACUGCUCGCGUCAACUGUCUGUAUGACAUUUCUGCACUUGUUUUUAUUACAAUUCAGUUUUAUAAACACACAAAUAUUUGUGGGCGUAAAGUGAUGCUUUUGUCUUCUUGUGUGAAACAAACAACACAGUGAAAGAAGAUCUCUUUAUUUAUUGAUUAUUGAUAUUUUGGGUUGUAUAAACACUACAAUACAAGAUAAUUAGUUCAGUUUUGCAGUAAACUCUUUUUUUUUGCUGGUCAUCUAAGUGACUUCUAAAACCAAAAAUGUAUUUAUCCUUUUAGCCGUGUUGCCUUGAUUCAACUAUUUACAGCGCCAAGUCAUUUUUCAUUUGCAUACCUAAACUUUUGAAACAGUUCCUCUAACUCUGAUCCUAUUCAGUGAACCAUAUUUUUGAGACUAUAGUGCCGGUGGCUGUCUUUUUCCCCGAGAAAAUAACAGCUGAGAGGAGAUAAUCGCUGUGUGAGGUGUGAUAAGAAUAAAUCGAACUUGACGUCACUGAUAGAUGGUAAUUUUUCACACAGGGUUUGGCUAAUUCUGCGGUCACCCACCUUGGGGUAUUUUCAGGCGGAUUAGCAGGAGCAGGUUUCUCGCUGGGUCAUUGAGCCUCCUCCGCCCUCACAGCGGCACAAACACCUGAUGCAUUCAGGCUGUGCUAAACUGGUUACUACACGCCCCAUUAGACCAAUGUAAUGGGAGGUGGAUCAUAGACCUGCUGCUGUACAGGCCAGGUGUCAUUCACCACAUAUGUGUGUGUAUAUGUAUUAGUGUGAGCCUCCAACACAUAUACUAAUACUUUUUGUUGCACUGUUAUUUACUUAAUUUGUAUUUCAUAAAUAAAGGAUUUCAUCUGUAAUUUGAAGCCCUGAACAUAACAAAGUAGAUUUACUGUUGAACUAAAAUCUAAGAGUUUUAAUUUCACUUAAAUACUUUUAUGCUGAAAGACACACGUGUCUCCUUGUGUCUCUUUAUCAUCCAGGGUUUGUUGUCCGAGAUCCUGAGGAAAGAGGAGGACCCUCGCACGGCCUCUCAGUCUCUGCUGGUCAACCUGAAGGCCAUGCAGAACUUUCUGAACCUGCCCGAGAGCGAGAGAGACCGAAUCUACCAGGAGGAGAGAGAGCGCACCAUGAACCCGAGCGUCGGCCUUCCUGCAUCUAACUCGUCCAGCCCCGGAGCUCAACGCCUCUCACAGGUUAGUCUGCGGGGUUUGUUUUCACAUUCUGUACCAAAGUAGAAAAUACUUGAUAAAAAAAAAGAAACAGUUUCUUCUUAAGUCGAGUAAAAGUAGAAAGAGUAUAGGGUCAUAAAUUUCCCAAUAGUGCACCACAAAAACUCAAACUGACUUGGUUAAGGCCACAUUCAUAAGACAAAAUGUUCGCCUGGAGUAGUGAAGUCAGCGCAUUUGAUAUUAAGUUCGGGAGAUAUUUUGUAACUGAUAAUCAGACAAAAAAAAAAAAAAAGAAGAAAAAACACUUGCUCAAUUUUGAAUUUGUGCAGUAUGUGCACAGAGACGAGUCAACCGUAAAACCAUUCAUUCCUAUCUAUGUGAAUCCCUGCAAAAAAUCACUGACACCACUUACAUAAAUCAUACAUGAAAUUUUCUAAAGGGGAAGCCAAAGGAAACUUCUAUUUUAUAUGUUAGUGUCCCAUACAUUUAUACUGAGAUCAGGUUAGAUGUAAGGGAGGUAGUGGACAUGGUACAAAACAGAUAUUCGCAUUAAAUGCUCUGAAGUUAAAGUUAAGCAACUGCAAGAAAAGGAAGCGCAGAUAUUUUUAUUAUUGGAUGAAAGGGGUAAAAGGUUCAAAGCUGCACAUUCUUGCACAACUGUACAGAUCUCCUAUUCAACUUCCUGUGCAUACUUUGCAUUAUAUUGUUUAUUCUGUCUCAGUUCCUUGACAGAUGUUUACUGGCUAUCCAAUUUUGUCCUCCACUUCUGUGUUUGUUGCUUUUGCACCAAAACACCAAGACAAAUUCCUUGCAUGUGUGAAGUACCAAACCUGGAUCUGAUUCUGAAAAAUGUAAGCUCGGCAGAAAAUGCAGAUCAGAGGUGCACAGGUAUUUGCUGCACCUCGAAAAGUUGGGUUAAAUAUAUGUUUUUCUCAAGUGCAAGGGUCGGGAGCAAACAUGAGCAAACAAAAGAUAAACAAACAAAAAAAUAGCUGAAAUCUUGGAUGCAACAGGAUUUUUGCAGCUAAGACUCUGUCUGUUUGCCUUUCCUUGUCUGUUUUCACUCACCUGGAAACACCUGAUCCUCAAAAACGAAUUUUCUCUGACUUUUUCUUGAAACUAGAGACAGCUAUAACACGUUUCACAAAGUUUUCAGAGUGGCUGAUUUUAAAAGAGCUGCAGUACCACAGCAGGAAGAAAGCACUUCUAUUUUUGUGAUGCAUUAUUUUGAUUAUAACAUGCUGUGUGUGUUGUGUGUGUGUGUGCAUAGAAAGUGUGGGAGAGGAGCUUAGAUGAGCAGAUAACCCCUGAUACCUGGGCCUCCAUCUGGAAGAACAAGACUAAGAUCUCCAACUCGGUGAGUUAUCUGGGAUCUCCAGCCUGCCCUCACAGAGUUUAGCUGCAGCACGUCAUGUUUUCUGUCUUUUUAAUCUUAAAGAAAUCCUGUUUAUAAUGGGAAACAGCCUCAAAGCCAUCAGAGCAGCAUAUUGUAAACAUAAAGGACAUUAUACUGUAUUUGUUUCCAUCUGCAGAGAACAAUUUAGCCACAUCAGUGAUAAGGACUUCUCUGUGAUGUCAGGGCAAACGGCCAUUCAGGGAGAAUCUGAGAGCUAUUCUUAUUAUGUCUAUGUGAAAUUAUCUCAGCAUCGUUUACACUGAGGGAAUGUAAGCUAGCUGGUCCAUACUCGUCUCGUGGACGACUUCAAACAGUGUGUAUACAAGCUCUCAGAGAGCCAAUACAAGUCCGCUCAAACAGAAACAACAAAGAAAGACAAAAGAGGAGGACUUAAUGACUUUGAUCUGUAAACAAAAGUCAUGUGGAGACGUGCGCUGCAGAUGUGAACGCUGCACGACUCGGUCUGAUCAUCAGCUGAUAACCUCAGUUCCACAUGUAAACACAAGUAGAUGCUUUUCAGGAUAAAUCUUUUUUUUUUUCAGGAACAAAUCUGAGGCACUUAGUGAAAGAUUUGGUGCCUGUAUGACAUUUCCCGUCGUACAAACUUAUCUGAUAGCUCCUCCUCCAACAUUCAAACCGACUUUAUUUUGUACUCACUGUGUGUGACAUCAUGCUCUGUUUUCUUUUUUUUUCUCCUCAGCCAAAGCCGAGCGGGCCGACCUCUGACCUCCCCCUGAAGCUGGACUUGCUGGCCAACAUCACAUCGGGAAUCUACGACGAGAUCCAACAGGAGAUGAAGAGAGCCAAAGUGUCGCAGGCGCUGUUCGCAAAGGUGGCCGCUAACAAGAGCCAGGUGAGGGACAAUGACACUGCAGAAUACAAGUAGAAAAAAAAAGGAUUACUUGAAAUUGAUUUGGCCUAAUCAAGAUGAUUGAAUGAUAGAAAUAUGCAGAAUAAAACUGGAUUGAAAAGCUUAUAAAAGCUUUCAAACUCAGGGCAUCACAGUCUUGAGACUGAGAGCUGCCUACCUCCAUGACUAUUCAACUCUGUGAGACUUAAAUAUUAAACAUUUAUAAGCUCUGACUUUCUUUUAAGAACUAUUUUGAUAGUAAUGCACACUUCUAGUAUUUGAAAAAAGUUGCAUAGAGGGAAACCGUCAAAUACAAGCGGCAGGGAGGAUGUUGGGAAAUAUUCUGGAUCAUGCUCAAUCAGGUAUUUUUUGGAAGUUUCCAGGAACUUAGCGCAUCUCUAAAAACUCCAACACUUUAUGCAAUGGAGAUCUUCAAACCUGACAGUGAACAGGUUUCCAAGACAGUGACAUUGACUGAGCUGCAAAGGUAGACACCAACAAGAGCAGAGAGAAGGAAACCCAAUGAGAGAGGAAACAUCCAGAAUUGACCACCAGAUUCUUCAUGAUGUUGCACGAUCCUGUUUAGUAUGUUUUAUUACUCAGCCCUGGAAACAACUGACGAAACUUGGCCUUAACUAACUGUGCUAAUAAAACCGUCUCUCCUCUGCUGCUUAUUGCUUUAAGAAAAGUAAAUAAACAUCUAAAGUUUCCUCGACAUCUAAAGUGAUCCCGCUCUCACUCUUGAAUCUUUAAACAGAGGACGUACAUGCUUACAUUGAUCGUUUGGACAAAGGAAAAAGAGGCAAAGGGAGAAUAAAUAUGAGUUAACAGGCUGGUUUGGCUUGAGUUGUGUGCCUCUGUGUGUCAUUUUCCGCUCUUUCUCCUGUUUUCUCCAAAUAAAGGCAUAAAAUACAAAUUCAAACAUAAAUAAAUCACAUUAACUCAAACUUAUUAGAGGACCCUCCAUUUAUGAAUAAAACUAAAUUCAACAUUGCUGUGUUCGACCCUGAGAUAAGUGUAUACAGUAUAUCUGUGCUUGUACAUGCAUGCGUUUGUGUGUGUAUGUGUUUGUGUGGUUGGCGAGGUCCCCCAGGUCGGUGGGUCUGGGGGUGGCGGAGGGUCACGGCUCAGUGCACCCAUCUGCUGCAGCUGGCCACAAGGACGGCGAGCGAGCAGAGAGAGGGAGAUGAUCAGGCUAUUAGCGGCGCUGCUGCCCGAGGUGGCGGCUGGUUGAACACAACAGCUGGUGUCACAAACCGAACCAGUCUAGCAGAUAUAAUUCAAUCUUCUCCAGCUCUCCUUCCCCCGUCUUCCUGUCCUACAUUUACCUCACACACUCCAAACACUUCCUGCUCUUUCAACUUUUUAUCUACACAUCAUUUUGGGAUAAUUAUAAACUUAUUUCAUCCUUAAAUUUCCUUUUUUCCUCCCAUAUUUUCCGAAUCAUCAAAACUAAAUUAAAAUAUUAAAAAUAAAAACACUUUCACGGCACCCUGAAUCCCUGUGUAAAUCCCUCAGACUGGACAAAACAUGGAUGUAGUCUGAGUGACAUCACCCUCUGGUUUCUGAAGCCAAACAAUGAGAGUCACCACGUUGGAAAUGCUGACUCAACCUAAUUUUCAGUCAACCUAACCAGAGGAAAGAAGUGAAGUUGAGGUCAGCCUUAGUCUCCUGCUAGUCAAGUCAGCCCCAAAUUAUGCAAUACUCUUAAAACUUAAAAUCAAAUAAGUUGUUUAAAAAAAGUUCAUCCCUGUUUUGUACCAGGCUGUAAAUAUGUCAAUUGUAGUUCCUCACAAUUGUAGUUCCUUCCUUUUUGACUUCAUUUCUAAAGACUGGAGGAUGCUGCUUAUCCUGCCUCUGAAAGACCACUGUCAAGCAUUUCACUAGUUAUAUUAAAGAGGAUAAAAAAUGGAGGUGGAUUUAAAGAAGAUCGUUGGGUUGAUAAAUCUGUGUCAAAAAGUAAAAUGCAACUUGGUUGUCAAAAUACAACUAAUUUCUUCUAAAACUACAGCUUUCCUCUGAUAAUAUUACUUUAGCUCAUUGUGUUAAGGCUUUAUUCCAGUAAAUGUUGGAAUAAUCAAACUUAAGUCUUGAAAUCUCAGAGUUUUUUUCCUUAAAGAUCUUUUAUACCUUCGUAAAAGCCAAUUGUAGUCAAUAAGACACCACACUUCUGACUAAGGAGUGAUGAAAAUAAUCUUGAAUUUAAAUCCUAAAUCAGUUUAAGGCACUUAAAAUAACCACCAUAGUUAGAAGUCAGAUUCUCCUUGUUUGUAGACUGUAUGGCUUCAGCUCUAUACACACUUCACCAACAACUCAAACUUCUCAGCAAGAACUUCAAGAAGCACAUUUCCCAAAUUAGGGAAAUUUUCUCCCAUUUUCUCAAACACCUUUAUCUCUAAGCCCACCUAUUGUUCCCGUGUCCUCUCCAGGGCUGGCUGUGCGAGCUGCUCCGGUGGAAAGAGAACCCCAGCCCGGAGAACCGCACUCUGUGGGAGAACCUGUGCACCAUCCGGAGGUUCCUGACGCUGCCGCAGCCCGACAGAGACAUGGCGUACGAGGAGGAGUCCCGACACCAUCACGCGGAGAGGCUGCACACCGUCCUUCACCUGCCACAGGACACACAGGUAAGACCCAGACGUUAAAAAGUGUUUACAGCUGCAGCUAACAUGCAGCUCAUAUCUGCACGUCCAGAUGGAGCAUUAUAUUUACACCUGGCAUUAAAAGCAUCUCCGGAGUGUGCAUUAGAAACAGAUUUCCUGCACACGCCACCUCACCUCACAAUAUUUACAUCUGCGGAAAUGAAUUGUAAACACCUUUUCCUGAUUCACCAGCGUGCAGAAAUAUCCUGAAAAUGUACUUUCAGCGAGAUGAUUUGAUUUGAGCUCACAUACAAAAGUUUAUUUUCCACUGACAUACUGGAGGUGUAUCUGCUGGAGGAAAAUGUGUUUUGUUUAUAUUUUGUUAUGAUCUUGUUUUUGUCAAACGUGUCCAGAUCAUUUCCAGUGAUGCUGCACGGUCAAAUCUGGUACAUAUCUUAGAGAAGCGGUUCGACACUUGAAGGAGAAAUUUGUGCAAAAGCAAAGGUGAAAUACCUCAAAUAUUGAACAGAAGGUUGGGUGCUGGACCAUCUCUAAGCAAUGAUUUCUGAGAGACUUUUCAGGUUCAAGACAUCUGGUUUAAUUUAAGAAUUGGUCAGACACGUUGGUCCAAAUAUCUCUCUUUUAUUUCAUCUCACAAAGAUAUGCUGCAGAAAGAGGAGUAAUACGCUCCCUCCGUUCAAUGAGUCGCCUUAACUUUUAUUAGUUUAAAUCCAUAAACUCCCUUGAAUUCGGGACAGAUGUCAACCAGAGAUGAGCUUUAAUUAUUUAAGAACAAACUUUUGCUGACUGGAAAUUGGACUCUUGUUGUUGUCUUGGUCUUUAUUUCCAUUUUUAAGGCCAGCUCAAGCAGCUCAAGUCCUACAUGUCCCUCUUGUCACUCACUAGGGCCCAAAUUUCCCCAGACUUUUACCUUAUCAACUAAUGGGAAACAUACCCUCCAGCUGAUUUUUCACCCUCCUCCCACCACUUGGUAGUCAGUUAACCACUUUUCUUAGACAAAAGUUGAAGUUCAGCUCAUUAAUUUUCCUGUCAUUCUCUUAAAAAUCAUCAACAAGUGUCCGCCUGCUGCUUUGGUGUGCAAACUUGGCAUUCAGUUUCUCCGUACCACAAUGGUGAACAAUAAAUGUGAUGCAUUUGAGUGACACUAAAAAAUGUCAGGGGCUAAGUUGCACAGACAAUUUGACAAACAAGAAAUCACUUUUGACUAAGACAGUCUACUAGAAGUUUUACGGUACUCCUGAUUCAAGGCACUUCGACUCAAGAUUAGAAACAAACCUGCAUUCAAUAUGUUGCUUACUGAAAUGUGCAAAAGUGUUGGCAUCAAAACAUGAAGCAUUGAAAGAAAAAAACUCUCUACUUUGAGUGAGUUUGAGUUACUUAUGCAUUUACAGUUCCUUUAAUUUAAUGUUGCAGCAUCAUUUAUUCAGACAUGGUGUUAAAAUAUCUGAAUUUAAAGCUAAAACUGCAAAGAUAUCAGCACAAUAUAUGGCUUUGUAGUAAAGUAAUGCUGAAAAGAGAAAGAAACUUUAAGUUUCACAUGGCCAGAUGCAAACAUCUUCUAAAUGUUUACGGUUUUGUUUUUGUUUUCCUCAAUAAGUGAGAUUUCUUUUUCUUAUAAUGUGAAAGACAAUAUUAAGAUCAUUUCUCAGUAAAAAAGGAGAACACAGAUCGCAUCAAAACAACCUAAAGUCACCUCAAGACUUAUUUAGUGGCUUUUAGAAGAGAAGUAGUGUGAACAUUUGUUGUAAAACCAUGCAGCAUAAAAUGUAGGACACAUGGCCUGAGAACUUUAAAGGUCUUGACGGAAACUUUUCUUAUAAGCAGCAUCUGCAUUUGUUUAAAAUCUGCAAAAAAACAAGAUCUGCAGAGGUGUCAUUUCCAAAACACAAACUUUAUUACUCCGAGAAAAAAGGAUGAAACUGUGUUUCUUCAAACCGCACCCAUCGUUACACAAUCAUUAUUAAUUCUUUAUUAAAAACGGAGUUGUGUGAGUGGUUCUGCUCUGUUUGAUCUGGUUGUGUAUGUGCAUGUGUUUGUGUGUGCGCAUGUGUUUGUGUGUCUGCGUGCCCCAGCGGAGUGAAGAGUAAACAGUGUAGCUGGGUGGUGUGGCACUGGAGGAAAUGCCCCAUUAGUUUAAGAAGAGGAGGAGAGAGGGGGGUUAGAGAGGCUGCAGGGGGGCUGAGGGGAUCGAUGCAGGACACACACACACACAACUGUAACCCUCCUGCGCUCAAACACACACAAACACACACUAACCCUGUUUAUCUGCCUCUCUGUUCAUUUAUUACUCCUCAGCUGUGUAGAUUAUCUUAUCAGUUAUUGAUUUAAAGUAGCAGACGGCACAGAAACUUCACAAAAACAACUCUUUUCUCACACCUUGCACUGACUUUUAUUGAUUUAUUGAACCUUAUCGCCACCGCACAGGGCAGUGAGGUAGGUUAGGUAUCAUGUUCACGGAAUAUUAGGAUCGAAAAAACAAAAAUAGAAACACAAACUUAAUGUUUAACUUCAGCUCACUUCGGAGAGAAAGAAAUACUAAAACGUGUUUUUCAUGCAAGAGAAUAAACUUGUUUCCCAACAUUUUGGAGCAUUCCUUAAAAUCCAGUGGGCUCAGUUCAGAACAAUAACCACAUUGGGUGUAAAUUGUGUUAUUUGUUUUGAAACCGUUUAAUCUGCAAGAAAAUUUAACUAACUUGCAGAAACCCCACAAAAACAAACAAAACGCAAAAUGUGUUUAGGUCUUUUAAUUUAACAUAACGAAACUUAAAAAGCUGGUAAGAAAUCAGCCGUUAGAUCACCAUGUAGAUCGACAGAAAAUAAAGUUUGACAACGGAAAACAAAAAAGUUUCCUUAGCUGUCUAAAUAUAGUUUUACUGAACAAGUUUAAUUUAUUCUUUCCUAAUCAGGUAGUUCCUUUAUUUUUUUAAUCCUUACUUUGAACAAUUUGGUAAAGAAAAGAUAAAAAGGGGUCCAAAGGGAUGCCUUGAAUAUAAGUUGGAAAAGUAGACAUAGUCAUUUCAAAAUUAGUAAGUAAUUUCAAUUACUUUCAACUAAUUUCAAUAAUUUCAAAGAGUUAUGGCUAAGUGUGCCACAUCAUAUAUUUCUGUUGAGUCUCCGUUUUAAAGUAAACAGUAAGUCACAGUCUCAGUUUUACAGUAAAAAUAAAUAAAGUAAUCAGUUUCAUAGUAAAAGAAAGUUAAAGUCUCAGUUUCACAUUAUGUACUAAAUCAAACUGAGUCUCUUUUACAUGAUAAGUAAGUCAGUCUCAGUUUCAAAGUUAACAGUAAGUCAUAGUCUCAGAUUCACUUUAAAGGAGGUUGCAGUUUUAUUUGUACAGUCAACAGUUAAUUGAUUGACAUCUCAGUUUUACAGUAGACAGUUUAUCAAAAUCCUAGUUUUACACUAAAAACAGGUCAGACUUAGUAGGGCAUUCAGAGUCCAGGUUGCACUGUUAAGAAAUGGUCAAACACUCUCAAAGAGUUUGUCAAAUAGAGUCUCGGUUUCACAGUAAGUCAAGCAGAGUUUCCACUUUCAUGCCUGCUAACAUACCCAUUAUCUCCUGGUUUCUUUUCUAUUCUAAGCCCAUCUCCUUUUCCUCUCUCAUGUUGCUUCCCCUCUGAGGUUUUUACACCAUUAAAACCAUAUCAUUAAAAAAACAUAAAGCCUCCAUAUAGGUUUGUCCAAUAGGUCCAAUAAUCACCAUUCACACAGUCAACCACCAACUUUUUACAUCGUGUUUUAGCGAUAUUCAGUCUCCUCUGCUCAUCCUGUCCUCUAAAUACACAAUGAUCAUACACCACAUAUAGUCUAUAUCAUCCACCAUAAAUCAAAAACAGGCUGAAUCCUCAAACUUCCUCUUUCAACACAACUCCUACGGUUGUUUUGUGGCCCCGCCCCCUUUUCAUCUCCUCCCAUUCAGAGCAGUGUAUUAAAGGCUGAUGGGAAGACUGGGCGGAAGCUGUGGUGGCACCAUUAACACAUUCCUCUGCUCCUCCAGUACUCCCAGCAAAGACUAAAAAUAAAGUUCACCCUCAAAACGCCACACACACACACACACACUCACACAUACACACACAGACACCCUAAGAGACACCAGAGAGGAGCUGUGGUGAAACACUGGUGAUUUAUUAAUGGGAAACGAGGUGUGUGAGUUGCUGUCUUCAGACCCCCUCCUCCUCCUCCUCUUCCUCCUCCAUCCCAGAUGAAGCCACCACCAACCUCAGGCUCCAGCCAGCCUGCCACCACAGACCACACAUGUGUCCCAUCUGCCACACACACACACAUACUUACACACACUCUCGCACUGAUAGAGGGUAAUGUGAGCACUCCUUUGUGUUGUGGACAAUGAGAGGUUCUCUAAAACUGUAACAAGCGACCACAGGAUACACAUGAAAAAUGAAUGCGGUGCAAAGGCAAAAAACUCUACUGUAAAUCCCGUAGACUGUGUAAAUAAUACAUGCAGUCUUUGUGACGUCACCCAUCGGUUUGCAGGCUGUGCGUUUUGCCACCAGAAGUGACCAUAUUUGGAGAAGAGGGUGGAGCUGGACAAAUGCAAAAAUAUCAGAGCUUUAUAGUCACAACCUGAGGCCUCUUCAUUAACUGGCUAAAGAACCAGUUAACUGAGGUUCAGUCUCUUGUGGUAUGUGAUUCAUAUUCAUCAGACAAUGGUAGUUUCACUGACACUGAUAGGAGUACCUCCAUCAGUUGUUGAUAAUGUUUAAAUCACACGUAUUUCUAACUAUCUAUUCUGACAUGUCUGCUUUGCCCUCACAUCUGUUAAUACAAUCUCUAUUUUAAUCCAGACAGCAAAAAAAGUCAAGGGGAAAAUGAUCAAGCCUCAGCAGUGUUUUAGAAAGUAUUAUUACUUAUCUAAUAGUUGGUUAAAGCAGACUGUGAAGACAGAGAGGAUGAAUGCGAUUGAUUUAUGUGCACACAGAUCCCGCAGCCAACCCUCCUAAUGCUAGAGCUCCAGUUGUGCCACCCACAUCAUAAAAAGUCUGGACAUAUCCCUGCAGAUACUCAAUGGGAUGGAGGUGACUUACUAAAAAUUGAAUUGCAAAACUUGCAGUUAAGUAGAUUUAUUAGCAACAUUUCCAUUCUUGGCCUUAGCCUGGGAUGGAAACAAUGCAAAUAAAGUCUGAUUGGUCAUGAAAACACACUAUCAUCAUCACCCACGCAAACUUUAAGCUCAUACAAGGGAUUAAAAGCAGGAAUUUACAUGUAUAUUUCUGCUAUGAAGUUUCAACCUGGGGCUCUAUGGGGAUUGACGAACUUCUAGUGCAAGCGCCAAGUGGACACUUUGGGUACUGCAGUUUUUGGCGCUUCUUUCGUUCAUUUUUGAGCUCUGGAGGAUGCAGUUCUGAUACUCCUCACCCAAGUCAUGCGUGUGUGUUUGGACCAGAUUGCAUGUACAGUAGCGUGAGCCAUUUCUACAUGUUUCUGAGCAUUGGGACAUCUCCAACUGUGUGUAUUAAGACUGCAGGUGCUGUUUGUGUGUGUGUUUGUGCAUGUCAGUAAACUCAGCAGCAUCACAUUUCUUCAUGACUGACACGGUCCUGGUGCUCGCUCUGCAGCUCUUAUUCAUACGGCUUUAGCAGUUAAGUGCGUCCCACAGCUAAUUUGGCAGAGUCUGCCCUUAUAAAUUAUUUCUUUAUUGUUUUUGCUAAAUUGAUUUCUGCUGCAAGACGAGGGGUGUUUAUGUGUGUGUGUGCGAGAGAGACCGCUCACUGUGGCUGAGACCCCAGGAGUGGUGGACUAGAACAAGACGUAACAACCGCUGUGCCCUUCCUCCUCUCUCUGCAGCGACAAAUCACUCAGUGGAAAUCUCUCUGUUUCAGUAAAUAUGUAUGAAAUGUAGAAUAAAUAAGAGUGCUCAAAAUUGAUGCAGCACAGGCAGACGAUUCUGACUUUACCCCGUUUUAGUCCCUUUUUUUGUGUGUGAACUCCAUGCGACAUAAUCUGAGAAAGUAUUUGUAUAGUAGAAUGUAGAAAAAAAAUUGUGCCUAAAAUAACUUCUAUGUUGCAAUUUUUUUCUAAACUAAACAAGAUCUAAUGGACUCCAAGAGACAGGGCCUUGCUCAUGAGUCAUGCUUGUACCCUUCACUUCUCAUAAUGCAGUCCAGUAGUCUUUCUUCAUUAGACUCUGCCUGGUAAAAACCCUCCAUGUAUUUUGAACUCCCCUCCCUGAUUUCGUAAUCCCGUCUUCCUGUCCAAACCCACGCUCGAGAAAAAGAAAAACCCGGAUGACUUCAUCAGGUAUUACUUUCUCAGAGUUUGGAAAAUUCCCACCAAAACCAUUACACCCGUCUUCUCACCAGUGGAGCAUUACCUCCAUUUAUGAGUGAACUAAUCAUGAUGAGCAGAAUGAGCGGAGCGGCCCUUUAAGAGGUCACAUGAUCCUCUGUAAGUAAUGAGUAAACACCUACAGUCUUUGCAACAAACCAAGAGAUCCAAAAACUUAGCUCAGCAACAUGACUAGUUUUUUUUUUACAUGUACUGUAUUUGCAGAAAAAAGCACAGGUGUGAAUCCUGCUACUUCAUUUUUAUGCCCCUCAUCCAUAUGAUGGCAUUUGUGGACAAGAAGCUCCCGAACUGCACAAGUUUGAGCUUCUGUUUUAUCGCCAAAAAUGUUAUUUUAUAACAGUUUUCUGCACAACAAAAAAACACUUGUCUGCUCACAACAAGAGCUUCUCUGGUGACCUGAUUGUUCAAUGAUCAUAACUGUCUAUACUCGACAGGCCACCACUGGUCACAGUUCACAUUUAUAUCUGAUUAACAAAGAAUAUACUUCUGGCUGUACAUAAACUUAAGGAUGGACAUUUCCUUGGAGUAGGGCUGGGCGAUAUGGCCGCAAAUCAAUAUCACGAUAUAUUAAGCAGUUUUCCUCGAUAACGAUAAAUGGACGAUAACUACUCCACAAGCUGCUCACCCCCAUCCCCUCCUACAUCUCCUCACCUGUCUUUCCCUCUUUGUUACGGACUGGAUGGCGUUAAGUCAUGUCUCUGACGUAGAAAAGCGUCUUAAAGGGACAUGAGACCAUAGCCUACCUACACACAUCCAAAACCAACUUAAAUUUAUUUAUGUUUUUGACACCGAAUAUACCGAUAUGGGCAAAAUGAUGUCUGUUAUUGUCGUGAAUGUCGGUAUUGGUGAAUUUUCAGUUUAUCGCCCAGCCCUACAUUGUAUUGGAGUUAAAUCAUAUCCAGACAGAUUAGCGACGGCACUAUCAGACUUAUAAGUAUAUUUGAUUGGUGAAGAAACUUCUAAAACUAAAACAAAAAAGACUGGCAUAAAAAAAAAACACUGAGCUAUAUCAAGUCUGUAAAUCCUGUAAGGCGAUUGGCUUCAGAAAAUGUGACUCUCAAGUACAGGACAAACUGAGUAAAGAUGCAAGAGGUGGCACUUUGUCCACAGGAGCUUUAAUGCUUUAGUAAAGUCAUACAUAAUCAAAAAAGGACACUUUUGAUCUAUCAAGGAACUUUUUCUUUUUGAUUUUGUACAGUGUUGUCGCUUCAAAACUUUGUUAUACGCCUCCGAUUGUCACUUUACGAUAAAAAGAACUCCCUCUCCCCUCUCCCUCUCUCCCCUCUGUCUCUCUCUCUCUCUCUUCUCAGUGCAUCUCGGUGGCCUCUCAUUGUGGGAGGGUGGAGUUUUUGGCAAACCACAAUUAACUUAAUUGUUUAAUUGCAGAUAAAUGGAAUGAAUACCACACACAGUCUGAACCAAAAAAAUAUGCAAUGUCUCAAGAGCAUGCACAGGAACAAAUAUACGACCACACAAACACACAUGCACACACACACACACUCACUCACGCACACACACUCUGAGCUGCUCUCCCAGUCUGAAUAACAGGACGAGUGUUCAGCUUUUCAUCAAAGAAUCAUUAUUUUGCAAAUAAAAAAAGAAAAUGUGAAGUGACUCAUCCACUCCCUCAGCCUGAAUCAUGAAUUACAAGCACUCACACUUAUUCCAAUACAACACACACUCACACACACACACAGACAGACACACAUAGCUUGUAGACAGCAGGACAGACAGACAGAUGGAGGGAGAAUGAGAAAAUAAGAAAACACACUCUGAUUAACAGGAAAAGGUGAAGUCAUGCACAAAACUAACAGAAAAGUGAUUUUUCCUUCAUUACAUAUUUAUCUCUGUGUUAAUGGUGUCUCUGGUGGUCACACACUGCACAAACACUCACACACACUCAUACACACACACGCUCUUACACAUGCACACAGCGUUAGGGGCCCAGGAGAACUAGAGCUCAUUAAGGAGAGGAUGAAUAUUUCAUGUUGUAUAAUUCUUUCAUAGUUCUGCGCCGUAAUUUGCCUUGAUUUACGUUUAAAAGAAACUUUUUCAUUUGAGCUGAUUUGAGCUGAGCGAGGAGGGGGAGAGGGAGAGAGAGAGAGAGAGAGAGAGAGAGAGAGAGAGAGAGACUGAGAGGAGAGGGAGGAAAGUUUUUCAGGAAUAUUGAAUCAUAGCAUUAGGAGAGCUGGUCAGGCUGCAGGGCUCCAGUCUUUGUGGUUUUGGGAGAGCGGCGCUGCAUUGUGCUCCUCUGAAAUGAUGUGAAGUUUCUUCCAAAGUGUGAAGGUUGGAGAGGAGGGAGGUGAAAAAAAAAAACCAAAUAUAUUCUGAGGCUUUAAGACGUCAGUUACUGUGUUUGAGCUUGGAUAUGAUGGAGUGAAAGUUAAAACAUCAUUUAGGUUAUGGUGUUCCACAUAUGUAGGUGGAGGGGAAGGCAGCUCUACCGCAGGGUCUUUGCUUGUGCUCUCCCCUGCCUUUGCUUUUCAUGUCUGUACAUAAAACAAGAAGGAGGUUUCCCCGUACCUCAGGCUUUGGCAUCCAUGCAUGGAUGUGAAAAAGAAGCCAGCUCUACUUGGAGGGUCUUAACUGCCUAACUUUGCUUUUUUUUUUUUAUGUAUGCACAUAAACAGGGAGGAGGUGUGCUCUCUGGCUGUUCAUUCAUUGAACUGUAAAUUUUUAUAAACCUAUUCAAGUUGUAAUUUUUCAUUAUACAAUGUUGUGAUUUUUAUUAUUUCACAGAGCCUGACUCCCAUCUUAGAUAACAGUUAAAUAAAAAAUAAAAAUCCGUGCCAAUCUGGCAAAAGAUUUAUUCUAGUUAAAUCUGAGCUUGGUAAUUUAAGUAAUAUGACUUUCAGCUUUUCCACUCAGUAUAUCUCGCUGGAAGUAUUUUCUGAGCACUCAGCGUUUCAUGAUGACUGGUGGUAAUCAGUGUCUUCUUGCAGCAGCGACAUAACCUUUCAGUGUGUGGGAGCAUAAAAAGCAGGUGAUAAUCAUUAAACUCAUCUGCUGCUCUCAGUAAAUAUGAUUAUAAACUGCUAAACACAGAGCAUUAGUCAUAUGUCACAGAGAGCAGACUUACACCCCGGGGACCAUUAACUGGAAACACAGCCACACCCCUGAACGUCACAGGACUACAAGUCCUUGACACUUUCAGUCAAAAAAAUUUUUUUUGACCUUUUUCUGAGUCUCUUCCCUCUAAAGAAGGACAAAAUCAUUUUCUAAGUGCCUUACAAAACUGUCACAGACGAACACAUGUGACUGUUCCCUGACCUAUUGCCUCUGGGUAAGGUUUUGGUUAAGGUUCAGGGAUAAAAACAGUUUGGUAAAAAUGUGGGAAAGAUGGUGACUUGGGUUAAAAACAUCCUCUUUAAAGGCAGAGAACAUGGUUAGAGUUAAAAGAAGACAGAACUUGGUUCAGGUUUGGAAAAGAAACCGAAAACCGAAAAAAAACAAUGCCGUAUAUUUAAUCAACAUCCAAACGGACAGUUUUUUCUAUGAUGAGAUUAUUGAGAUUAAAUAAAAUGUCUAUUUGAAACAAACAUGCUAAUCUUAAAUUUGAUGCCAGCAACACAUUUCAAAUAGACAGGACAAAGUUUGGUAGUAACAUCCCAUCCCUGCUUGAUGUAGGAUUUUUUAUGUCAUGUCACUCAGGACUGUAGACACGCUAGUUUAAUAGCAGGACUCUUCUACUACAGAGCCAUGCUGUUGUAAUUCGUGCAGAAUGUGGUUUGGCACUGUCUGAAAUAUGAAGGUCUUUCCUGAAAAAGUCAUUGUCUGGAUGGCAGCGUAUGUUGCGCCUAAACCUGUUUAUAUUGUUCAGAUUACUGGAGCCUUCUCAGAUGUAUAAACUACUCAUGACUUGGACACUUGUGAUCCCCAUACCAUCAGGGAUGCUGGCUUUAAACUGUGAGUUGAUAACAUGCUGAGUGGUCCCCCUCCUCUUUAGUUUACCCAUGAAGCCCAGAUGAAAAAUGUUCGGAAGUUUCCAGGAAUGUAAAGCAUAUGUAAAAGGGACUAAAGAAAGGACUCAGAGGAGGGCUUCUGUCACUAUGUCCUCACCAAACGUUUGCUUGCUUAAUGCUAGCUGUUUGGGUAUAAGGAAUAGAUUGUUGGCUGCCUGCUGCCUCAUCCUGCUAACCAGCUGACAUUUAAGCCCCAGUUACUCUAUAUAUUGCAAACUCCUGUGUACAGAAGGACUGCUGUGGCCAAAAGCUUCUCUUGUUUCGGAUCCUGUUUUUAUUUUCCUAAAUUUUCACCAGGACUCAAUGCAGCAGGCAUCUGUCCUGCUUACUAUAACUUCUUUUUAAGCUGUAACCACAUUUUCAUCAAACGAUAUCUACUGAUGUACGGAAUGGAACAGAAAGUAGAGGUCAAAGGGCAAACGUUGGGUGGAGUCCCAGCUUGGACUUAAGUGCUGCGUCCGAAUUGCCAAGUAGUAGUCGAAGUAGUAGUCGAAGUAGUAUCUAGCAUGUCCGAAUUGGCCACCGGAGCGAGUAGCAUGCUACUUCAGAUACUACUUCAGAUGCUAGACACGCCCACAUUGUAGGUUGGUCUCGGUGCAUCCUACGGGCAUGCUACUGACCCAAAAUGCACCGCGGGCUUCUUCUUCGUCCUCUUAAAAGUUGUAGAAGCGCAUGUGAUGCUAGCGCCACCAGCUGCUCUGCCUAUUUAAAAGUGUCGCGAACGCCGGCUGGCCACAGCAGCGCGCACCAUGUCGGAGCAGUAGCAGCAGCAGGCGGGACCGCGGCAGUACAGAUGUAAGUUUCAUGUAACUUCACACACUGUCCUAAAAAAUGUGCGGUUGUAUCUCUUUGUCAUGUCAUGGUGUCAUAUUUGCCCAAGUAAUCAUUUUAUGAGCAAGUGGCGACAUCAUGGAGGUAAAGCUCACUUAUUCCAUCAUUAAACUGCACAGCUGCAGUACUACAGCCAGGCCCGCAGAUGAGGGGCUUCAGUUACCACUGUCUGCACGGGCGCAGUACCUACUCUCUGCCUGCGGGGGUCGUCUUUCCCCACCGCUCGUCUAGUGUGUCCGAAUUGGGCCAACGUUUUUAGUAUGUAGGAGUAGGAUCUAGCAGUAGCACGUAGCAGUAGCAGUAGCAUGUAGUAUCCGAGCGGGCAGUUCGGACGCAGCAAUUGUGUGAGAAAGUUAGGGGAGGAGUUAAGGGGAGGUACAUGAGACAGGAGAGGUUGUGUUGGGGGUUGGGGCUCCUGGCAUCAACCAGUUCAGGCUGAUUUGGAUGUGGAGUCAUGUUGGCUUGGCAGAGGCCCACUUCAUUAGUGUCCUGAUGCAUUAGAGGUGAGGAGAGAGGGGAGAAGGGGGCGGGGGAAGAGAAAGUGGUUAAAAAAGGUUGUAAAAUAGAGAAGAAUUAAAGGUAAGAAAGAGGAGUGGGAGGAAGAGCUGAACUCUGACGGAGCCGGGCGGUCGUGUGUGUGUUUGGCUCUGCUCUCUAACAUCAUCAUUAGUGCAUGAAGGAGACCAGGCCCCACUGUGUGUACAUGCAUGUGUGCGUGGCGAUUGAUCCAAGAGUCCUUGCUGUCAGACCAAAUCAGCUUAAAAGUGAUGAAGGUCUGUGAGUAAGGCGAGUGGAGACGUUCGGUUACGCAAUCGCUCUCUGAGAUUUCCCCUCAAUUUAGUUAUUAAGUGUCUCUGUGAGUUUGUAGCGGGGGAUGUUUGUGGCGCUGAUGUGUGGUCCUCAUUAGGGCAAAUAGGGUAAAUAUCUUUUUGUUGUGGCCAGGAUUUCAAGCACUCUCACAGACUUCCAAAAAAAUUACUGUGUGUGAAAGAAAGAGAAGAUUAUGUGGGAGGAAAGAGAGAAAAAUGUCAAAAACCUUCUGAAUUCCUGUAAAUUGGUCAUCCCCCCUACCGAAAAUAAAACCCCUACGAGAGAAACCGGAGCAAUUUCAUGGUCUGGCCUGCCCUCAAUAUUAUUUAAGUAAUACCCUGUUAUUAUUGAAGAGAGGGAGAGAAAGGCGAAUGACUAUUAUCUUUAUGUGGGUCCUUUAAUUUUAAUGCGCCACAGAUUUAUAGCUGGGCAUUCCAGUGGGGAGAACCCCUCCCUGCUCUUAAAGCGAGCGGGCGGGACACGACCGCAACGCUCUCACAACAGCCACUACCUCCUGACAAACAACCGAAAGCCCCACUUUCCCUCCCAACACUUCGUCCGGCCCUCCUCGCGGCUGUCACAGAGCCUUCCUGCUGCUCCUGACAGCCCUGAGGAUCUGCCUCUGUCAGAAGGAGAGCAGCUACACCCAUCACAGAAACAAACACAUUUCUACACCCACCCUCAUUGUCUGUAUUUAUAAUCUCCAGUUUUCUCUUUCCCGGUCUUUCUCAUGUGUCCUAUUUUAAAUUAUCCUUUAAACUUUGAUAGGAUAAAGUGAAAUUUUGAGUCGUCUGAGACUACAGAAAUCCAGAUAGACUUAUCCAGAGUCCAUCUUUGUCUUGUGUCGGCUUCUGUACCAGCAGGAGGAAAGUUAAAUCUUUUUGGCUCUAAGUUUGGUUUCUCAGACUAUGUUCUUUUUUUGGUGAAUCAAAAUUUAAGAAAAAAUCAAACACACCCUAACACCGAGUUAGAUACCCCGUCGCGAGAUGAAUGUUGCCAACUGCUUGCUUCUCUAACUACACCAAAUUCAGUAACGACCGCAGAAAGCAAUACAGACAGCCACACGCUCAACCAAAACGCCACUCUAUAGCCACAAAUAAUGCUCAGAACAGCACCUAACUUCAUCAACAGUACAUAUAGGGUCCCAGCCACAGCACUAGACACCAAACAUCUUUUUAGCUUGCCUGAUUUCUCUAGCAAAGAGACCACACUCAACUCACCUACUCUCUUCCAGCAGCCACUUAAUUUUACACCGAAGUAUCCCUUUCAGCAAACUCAUCUGGAAAGGUUUAAAAUGACCUGAGCUUGUUUGACUGUGACAAUGUAGCCCUCUGGCAAACAUGCUCACCUGUUAUGCAAAUUCAUGUAUGCUUCUUAACCUUUACAUUAUUUUAUCAGGUGGAUUAUAAAUGAAAUCCCCGUCUUUGAUACAACAUACAAAUACAGUACACUAAGAUAUAAAAAUGGAAUAUAACUACAGCAAGCUUUGUUUUGGAGUUGCGUGUGUUUCUUAAAGUGCAUCGUUUCAGAAUUUGAAGCAUGUGUCUCCCAAAAAAAGAUCUUUCAGGCUGUUGCAGAUCGAUUUGGGCCAUUGCCUUAGCAGCUAGCGAGAUGAGCUAUUCUUGCAUGAUUAAUAAUUUGACAAUGAAGCUUUUUAUUUCUAGAGAGGCACUUCUGUUUGUUGGGGGCAGUACAUGAAGUACUUUCAGACAAAACUUCACCUUGUCACCCAAGUAUCACUCAUUGUGAGUGUUUUCUGUAGCAACAUUGUAAAAAUGCUGUUAUUUCAUCUGCUGUAAAUCACCUGGUCUGACACCUCUUCUAUCACAGCAGUUUCAGGCUUUAAAAAUUACAACAGAAUAAGUAGGUGUUGUUUGUGAUGGUCUCAUUUGCCUUUGAUAGCCAUAGAGAGGCAACAGUGUCAGUUUCAGUCCUUUUCUCACAGUGCUUUUAACUUUUCAAAAGAAAUUAUCUGUACUUGCAGGAUUAGAGUUUUACAACCGAACCUCUAUUAUUUCAAGAAAGGGACUGUUGUUAUUGUGACCAAUUGCCUGACUAAUAAAGAUGAAUGCAUGAGUCUUGAAGGCCACCUUGUGCUGCUGGGUUUGAAUGUCAAAUUUUUGAUUUUAUGUUCCCCACACUUAUUAAAAGAUGAACUGAAACGUUCUUUCUAUCGGCUUGUUAUCAACGAUUCCAGAUUUCUAUCUUAAAAUAGCAUCUCUAAAAUACUUGUCUGAAAAGCACUAAAUUGUGUUGGAUUUACCAGUUUUCAUUUUUAAAAGAUACAAUCAAACUCAUUUUUCUUUCUCCUUAAAACUUCUCCCACUCAACCUCUAACUUUUGCCAACAUGCUACAUUCAUGUGCAGCUUUUUCUCCAUCUUGAGUUAAUUUCACUUAAAUUACUUUUUGCCCCCUCUUAAUCUCCACACUCUGUCCUCUCUUAGGUUUUUGAAUGGGCUGGUUAAAAAGUGACGGGAUGUCUUAAGUUAGUAAAUAAGAGACUUCCUGGCAGACAGGUGGUUGACCUUUUACUAGAGCUAAUCUUACACACACACACACAUUAGGUCAAAGGUACAUUGGAUAGAAAAUAUUUUGUUGUCCGGCCUUGGAGCAGGUUAAUAGACCGUGUCACCCUACGAGCUGUGAAACACUCAUUCUCACCCUCGACUCACCCUGCAGACCUCGCAGGCUACUGUGUGCCAGAGGGGACGAUCACUGUUGUUUUAAGAUAUGAGAUUACUGUCAGAUACAGAUUAUUCUGUUUUCAUUUUAAUGAUGAGCAUGAUGGUGCAGUUUAGUCUGACAUAGAUGGCUCCCAAGUGCAUUUGUUGGUAUUUCUACUCAUCCUGAAACCUUUACUUGGAAUAAUGUCAAUGACUUCUUGGAGAGCUAAAAGGCUGAAGUAGAUGAUGACUAAUAUUGUCAAUGAAUCGUCUCAUGUGAUUUUAAAUUGCCUCCAGGCUGCAGUCUUGAUCAGGGGUCACUGUGCCCCAUUAAUCAGCUCUUCUGUCUCUCUCGGCAGGCGCUGCACAGGCCGCCACCAACUCCAAUGAAGGAGCACCACCUGUCUCCGAUGCGUGAAGAGCAGCUAUCUAACCAGGUGAAGGAGGAGGGGUCGCAGGCUGUGGGAGGAGGAGCUGCAGGGGGAGGAUGUCCACCUGGCGCAGGUGGGAGCGGCGGGAGCGGCAAGAAGCCACGAUCACGCACCAAGGUAAAGUUACUCUACGUUUGAGUCCAUCAAUAGAUUUGUACAGGAAGGGAGGUUUGGUUAUAGAACUAAACCAAAUACCACAGUGAUUUAAAUUGUAAAGAGGUCAUCUUAAUGGAAAACACUAGUUAACUCAAUGACAAUGACUUUGUGGCAUGGCAACAGUGGAGGAGGGUUAUGGAAUGCCUUAAAGAGAUACUGCUGAAAUGAAGCGAUUCAGAGGAUAAAAUACGUGUUUUCAAAUACACUGAUCUGAGAUAAGAUAAUAAUCAAGAAAAUGAUCAUAAUUGUAGAGUAUUCAACUGACCAAAGGUUGCCAACUCUACACCUUAGGUCAAGUCUUUGUGCUGUGGUCUUUUUUGAGUUUUAAACUCAUUCUUCAUGUCUUCUUCUAGAUUUCUCUAGAGGCUUUGGGGAUCCUGCAGAGCUUCAUCCAGGAUGUGGGCCUGUACCCGGAUCAGGAGGCCAUCCACACCCUUUCAGCACAGCUCGACCUGCCCAAACACACCAUCAUCAAGUUCUUCCAGAACCAGCGCUACCAUGUCAAGCACCACGGCCGCCUCAAGGAGCUGGGCGAGGGAGCUGCCGCCAGUGGAGGAGUGGACGUCAGCGAGUACAGAGAAGAGGAGCUGCUUUCAGGUUCAGAGGACCCUGAGUCCAGUGAGGAUGGGGCUGAGGAGAUCUACCAUCCCACAGAGGGGAAUGAAGGGACCACAGGGGGCAUGAACCAGCCGCCAGCGUCCUCCAGCUCCAACUCCAGCCAGUUAUCCUCGGGAAGCAAUGGGCAGGAAGAAGGCAAAGACAAGGGGCAUGGCCGAGCUGGUGGAGCUUUGGCUCCUGGGAGCUCCUCAUCCAGUCCACGUGAGCAGGCUGACUACCAAAGGUAG